CUUUUACUUCCUGGUUCUAUAAAAUACCAACGACGUGUUUAUUUCCAAUGACUAGUACACUUCAAUUCUCUAACUGUAUUAUGCGUGCAAUGGAAGCCAAGCUUGGCUCAGCCGGAGGAGGCUGGCGUGUUUUUGUAUGCUGUGGACGUGGCUGAGACAGACGACGACGUCUUCUGGGAUGUUCCACGUAGACUUCUUAGAUGUCUUCUGGGAUGUUCCACGUAGACUUCUUGGACCGAAGAGCACUUUCCACUCGGGAGCGCGCGCCUGACGCAGUGCAGAGGCCGAGGCGCGUUCACGGACCAGCAGCAAGAGAAGGCAGAGUCGCUUCCUGGACGUGAACGCAACACUGCACCUUUACCUUCACAUGUCCUCAUUUCCACCUGCAUCCCAGGUGUCACCAUGACGACACAUCUAAGCAGGCGGGCUCCCUGUGUUCUGGUUUUGGUUUUGGUUCUCCAAGUCCACUGGUCCCACACUGCACCUGGGCUAACGAGCUCACAAAGAGCGGAUCCAGAUGAUGUUCUUCCUGUUGUGUUGACCAAUCCUUUUGGAUCAGGAGAAGAAGAGCGGAGGUUGCUGCAGCGUUACAUUGAAUUGAGUAGAAAAGAUGGCGAAGAGAUCCACACGUGGGAACAAGAGGUGUUCUACAUGUUUCGUCUCUACGACUACGACCGCAGUGGACUCCUGGACGGCUUGGAGAUGAUGAAGCUGCUGUCUGACUACAACUCCCAGCAAGCACCCAAGUCACAGAGCAAUGACAUGGUGGUGACCAUGGUGGAUUUGCUACUUCAGACUCAAGAUCUAAACCAAGAUGGUCUGUUGGCUCCCUCAGAGCUGCUCUCUCCUCCGCUGCCUCAAAUACAGGAUCAGAAGGAUGCUUUAGACGAGAAGCCGUCCGACGUUGGCCAAGAGAUGCAAGAUCCUGGUGAACGUGUUCAGCCUCAAGAGGAGGUGCGACACGAUGCUAGAGCAGAAGAGGAUGAAUCCAUACGACACAGAGAUCAACACAAUGGACAACAAGCCCCAGAAGCCUUUGCAGCAGAACAUGGAGGACAUGAACAGGAAGUCCGUGCACAUCAGGACCAACAGGAAAUGUGAACACAAGCAAACAUACCAAACAAAGACUAAAGACAUGUUUUAUCCAAUAAAAGAAGAUGGAUCCAGUGGAACAUGGAUCAUUUAUUGGAAUAUAGUCAAAAGGGAACAGAGGGUUGAAUGAAACAAAUUUAAGACUCAAGCCCUAAUUAAUUAUGAUGAUUAUUUAUAAACCUUAUUUUGGAUUAUUUCAAGCUGUGGUAUGGAACUUUGUAUGUAUUUUUUCCACUUUCAUGGCUCAUUUGAAAAGAUUUUCAAGAUGCAAUGUGCACUUUUUUUUAGGAGUUGUUUUGAACACACGAAAACAAACGUUUAAAUUAACUGCUGUCUUAUUAUAUAAAACAAAACUAUUUUACAUAAUUAACUUGAUGGAAUAUAAGUUGAACAGUUAUGAUUUUAAAAAUCAUAUAUAAUUAGAUGUGAUACAACAGUUAAUUUUUAAUAUUUCUCUAUUGUAAAUUGUGUUACAAAUGUCCUUUUUGCCUGUUUUUAAACCCUUUUUACAAAGAGAAAAUAAAACA